AUAUAUUUAUUAUUUGAAUAUGAAUUUGUUGAAAUAAAAAUAUUGACGUUAUUCCCCAAAGUAUGAUAUCGAUUUAACAAAUUUGUUUACCAGCAAGAUUAUUUUUGAAGCUGUCUUUUGAUCAGUCCGAUUAUAAAAGAUUUAAAAAAUGACAGGAUCAUUGGAGCCGACGUUGUUAGAAAAAAGGAUUUCAGAUGCAUUUGAUGUGUUUGAUAAUGCAAGAAGUCACGAAGUUGAUGUUAGAGAACUGGGAACGAUAAUAAGAUCUCUAGGAUGUGUAAUAAGUGAAGCUGAGCUUCAAGAGAUCCAAGUUGAAGUUGAAGAUGUGGAAAAUAAUUGCGUUACUCAAGAAAGAUUUGUCGAGUAUAUGUCCAAGGCGAUAUGUGAACAAAAAUUCAAGCCAGCAGAUCCUGAAGAUCUACUACAGGCAUUCCAGCUUCUUGACCCAGACAAUCAUGGGUACAUAAUGCGUAGUGACAUGGAAAAAGCACUGAUGGAAAUUGGAGAACCUUUUACUAAAGAAGAGAUUGAUGAAAUGAUGUCAGUUGCUUGCGAUCCGACGACAAAUAAAAUAAACUACGAGCAUUACAUUAAUUCGCUUAUUGUCGAUGACUAAACCACCAAAGAUUGAUAAAAAGAAUAAAUAAACUUACGACGUAAUCUAAGCCUUCUUGAAUUUGAUGAUCUCUAGAAUAUAUUAUUGUCUUUUUAGUUGUUUGGACGGCUACUGGACUUUUCUUCGAAAUUUCUUCAGCAACAGCAAGAGAUUCUUUGAACAACCUUAGAAAAAAAGUAAAAAUUACUAUCAUGAAAAUUUAUUAUCCGUCAAUGAUGACAAUAAAAUAUAAACAUACGUUUC